UGCCAACGGUGACUUACUCGGUGAUGGUUCCUGCGACAACGAAAUUCACCGGCUGGCUGUGCCGCGUGUUCAAGAGGAUAAUCUGUCACGUGAUCCGCGACUCUUCACUGGUCCCCUUUCCGGACCACCGAGACGACGGGACCCCGGGUGACACAGCGAGGCCCGGCGCGGCGGCCAGCCAGAGAGGUGCGGGCUGCCACGGCAGGAUGUGGACGGUGCGCCUGGAGGGAGGUCCACGCCGCGUGAACCACGCGGCCGUGGCCAUCAACGGCAAGGUCUAUUCGUUCGGCGGCUACUGCACCGGCGAGGACUACAACACCCGCAAGCCCAUCGACGUCCAUGUCCUCAACACGGUGUCCCUCCGAUGGGCACUGGUGCAGACCCAGUCGCACCCCGAUGACGUGCCCUUCCAGAGGUAUGGCCACACCGUCAUGGCGUACGGUGACUACGCCUACCUGUGGGGCGGUCGCAACGACGACGGAGCCUGCAACAUCCUCUACCGAUUUGACACCAACACCUUGACAUGGAGCCGCCCGAAAGUGUGUGGACACGUGCCGGGAGCGCGGGACGGCCACUCGGCGUGUGUCAUGGGCAACCGGAUGUACGUGUUUGGUGGAUUUGAAGAGCAGGCCGACCGUUUCUCACAGGACGUCCACUACCUGGACCUGGACACCAUGCUGUGGCAGUACGUGCCAACCAGGGGCCAGCCCCCGCAGUGGCGGGACUUCCACUCGGCCUCGGCCAUCGGGGGCCGCAUGUACGUGUGGGGUGGCCGUGGGGACAGCCAGGGUCCAUACCACUCGCAGAGCGAGGUCUACUGCAACCGCAUGGCCUACCUGGACACGGCCACCUCGUGCUGGGUGCACCCGCGUGUCGAAGGCGUGCCCCCCGAGGGACGCCGCAGCCACUCGGCCUUUGUGUACAAUGGGGAGCUGUACAUCUUUGGGGGCUACAACGGACUGUUGCUGACCCAUUUUGGUGACAUGCACAAGUAUGACCCAGAGAGCUCGUGCUGGAGCCAAGUGAAGAUCCAACGAGAGGGCCCAUGUGCCAGGAGGCGCCAGUGCUGCUGCAUGGUCGGUGACCGACUGUUUCUCUUUGGCGGCACCAGUCCGACUCCGAAUCAGGUUGCCAGGCAGCGGAUGGAGGAGUUUGAUGCCAACGAUCUGACACUCAUGGAUCACUCAGAUCUGCACGUCCUCGACUUUGCACCAACUCUGAAGACACUGUGCCUGCUGGCUGUCAUAGAUGCGCGCUUGGACAUCAGCCACCUGCCACAGGACAUCAGGUGGGAGAUCAGUGCCAUGACUACAAACAACAGCAUCUCGCGCCCGUCACAGACGACUGGUUGACUUGCCUCCCAACAGACUCUGCAAUGAAGACUCCCUGCCUGUGGCCCAGCCACCGGCCGAUGGGCGGCAAAGGUUGUACAUAAAGUGGCGGAUCACCGGGGUCCUCUUUCCACGACCUGGCAGAUGAGACGUCCAGACCACGCGCGUCGGAAGAUGGGACGGUCAUUGCAGAGUUGUCCGCGAUCUCGGGGAGGGCCCGUCGGGAAAAAAAAAAGUGUGCAAAACACGUUCCUGAAGUUCUCGGAAAGGGUUUCGCGUGUGGUUGUGUGCAGUCGUGAAAGCAGCGAUUGCUGGCGAUUGUUGUUCGCUCGAGCUGGUAGAUUUUUUUGUUGUUGUGUGUGUGUGUGUGUGCGCGUUCCUUGUAGAGAUGUCACCAAAAUCUUACAACACCGUGGUGCGUGUGUUUGUGCGCCUUUCGGUGCUGAAAGACAUAAAACCGCUGCUGCUCAGCAUUGUUUCCUUUUUUUUUAGUUUUUGUCCCAGCUGGAAGUUGGCACUAUGGUAUUUUGGUGUUAUGUACAUAGUUACAUUUUUUUUUUUUCCUUUGGAGGUAGAGAAGCUCAGCAGAAGAGAACUGUAGAACCAGCCUAAACAUUCUACUUUUUUUUAGUGUGUUCCUACAUCAAACAAUCCAUUUCUCCUUGGUGUUUUCUGUUAGCUAUUUUUUUAAAUCAUGUGACAGGUCUCCUAUUUAAAUAAUUAGUAGGGGUGUACAAACAUUGACUGCAAAACUAUGUCAUUCAAUUCAUAUUACAUUUGCAAAUUCACUAUUCAAUGUUGUCGAAUAUGUGUUCUCUUCAAAAACUAUAUGAUUUGUUUAAAAGAUUAGGUUUUUGGACGCCCCUAGUUUUUCUUUUCCGUACCAGAGGUUCCUUCAAGUCUUCUUCUCUGUGAAGCAACUAAAGGAGCACGGUUAAAAAAAAGCGUUUCACGAAAGUUUAGAAGAAAUUAUUUGCGUUCUUUCUGGCAUGUGUGAGGGAACCUUUCAUUCUACAGUUAAAUGAGUGCUGAACCUAAUUUACUGUCAUGCAGCUGGUACUAACGUGGCAAAAUCGGUCGUUGUGAUGAGUUAUUUUUUUCAAUCAUUGAUAUCUUUGCAAGUCAUGUGAAUCCACAUGAGUGAGCCCUCAUUAAGUGUGAAAGGGAAAAUCGGCGUCCACCAUAACCCUUUCCUUUCAUAAUCCUUUCAUAACCCUUUCAUAACUCUUCCUCCGUCUCACAUGAUUCCGCAGAGCUUAUUUGCCAUAUCAUCAAGUAUGACACAAUGUCAUCAUUACUAAUACUCGGGGACAACUUUCUGUGCCAAUGCAGUCAAGGCUACAGAGCUGAACCACGUCAUUUCGAUAGUCUCUCUACGCUGCUGGAAGUAGUCCCACAAAAAAAAAAAAUUGCUGUGUGUAACCUAAGCAUUUCAAAAAUGUACAGUUCUCAUUUUGUAGCCUCAAAUUGAUAAUGCAACAAAAUGAUUAGCCAGAUUAUGUGAAACAGCAUUAUUCUUUAGAUUUUUGGGGUUUGUUUGGUGUUGGCGUUCUCCACUGGCGUCUCAUAUGUUCCCUUCAGAAAAAAAAAAAUAUACAUGGCCUCCUUGUCGAUGGUGCCUUUUUCCUCCGGUACCUCGCCACUUCAAUCGCCGCAUAGGAUUUUCAAGAAGCUUGAGAACUAAAACCUGUCAAAACAAACGUAGCAGGUGAUCUGCAAAGUGUAUAUGCCAAAGUGAGACUGACACAACCGGGACUCUGUCAUUUCCGCAUUUCGUUCGGUUAGCCAGCUUACCGGCGUAAGUGAGCAUACUGUUGCGUGGCUCAAGGUGCAGGUUCUGAGUGGUACCCAGGUUAGAAGCAAGCGAAGCAUAAGGGAAGAGUCGCCAGUGAUGGUUCAAUGAACUUAACAACCAUGGAGCACACGCGAAAAAGAUGAACUCUAGCAAAUGCGUAUCUGUCGCGCUGAAACUGAAACUGAAACCAGUUUAUCGGGAACUACUUUGGCGCAGUAGUGCACAGCAGUUAGCUCCGCCACCCCGUAGCUUUCGCUCCAUUGCCACAAAGUUGUCCCCGAGUGUAACAAUGAGCUUCAUAAGGCACGACUAAAUUCAUGCGGCCAGUCUCGGACUUGCUGACGUUAUUAAAUGCACAAGCGUUUGCGGCUUUUGAAAGUCAUUCCUAAGUUCAAUCUGUGGUAUGUGGAAAUAGAAUUAACACUCGAGCGCUUGACAGGUGAAUCUGACCGUGUCGUAAUUGCUUUGGAUAGUUAGACACUGUUUGGACGACAUGCACUGCCGUUUGCGGGUCUAAUGGAAUUUCUUACGACACUGUAGCGUGCACAGAAAUGGUGCGAAAUGUAAGCGUAGAAUUGAAAUCAAUUUUUUUUAGAGCGAAAGACGUCUUGUAGACAUCUCCUGGAGACGAGUGUUAGCCUUGCUCAAAAGUUAUUAGCUGCAUGAGGAGUUUCUGCUAAAGCAUUGUUUUUGUUCUUGGGAUUACACUUGCGCCAGAUAUGAACGCUAUCAAAAGAAAAUCUCAGAAAGACUAGGCCAGGCACUCGCUGUUUGCGUGCCGCUGUUUGUUUUGCAGAAUAAUAGUUAUCGUAAUGUCACACUUGAACGAGCUACAUUUUAAGGUAGCAUGUAAAGUUUGACAGCAGUUUCCUCUGGCUGGUGAUCCAAAUGCAUAAGGCGAAGCGCGUAAUGAAGGAGCAGUGGAGUUGUAGUUUCAUCUCCUAUAUGAGAAUGUUCACAAUUUAAUCACAUUGGACAAUAAUUAAACUUGACCACUUUCUCGUUGAGUGCUUUACUUUCUGCAUCACCAGACAAAUGGAUACAAGCAGUUAAUUCCAAGCAGGCCUUCAAUUUGCAUAGCUACCACCACUUUUAUCCAGGCCAAGCGGUGUCCAAUUUGAGCCGAACUUUUGUCGCAGCACCAUUUUGUGUAGCUCCAAAACUUACGCUGAAAAUUUAUUGUAUUUAAUAGUAGGCAAUGUCGUACAAAACUCUUCUCAAGGAUGAGCCAGGUUCUUUACUUUCUUAGAAUUGUGCAAGUUCAUUUGGUGGAAAGUAGCAAUGCUACUUUGCCUGAUUUAGUUCAAAUUGGUUUCAUGGAGUUGGGUAUCAUUCUCACUCCGACAGCUACUUUGAAAGAAGGAACGCACAUACAGACGGGACAUCAUCAACUAAAGCGUCUGUGUACGUAUUCUUUCUGUUCUCUGGUCCACAUCAAAAUGUUCUGUCGUUCAUCAUUAGACCAUCGGCAUGUUCUUCUCUGCUCAUAGACAAGGGUUGAAGCGCGAGCUUGCAUUACAGUAAACAGAGAGGUUAUGUUGAGAUGACUUGCACUUGGUCCCGCAACACUGAGUACAUACUAGUAUCGACAACUCAUCAACCUAGUAGACAGUACCAAUACCCCAGAUCAUACCAUUAGUAUUCAAUACCAGACAUCUGGGAGUUCGCGAAGACAACUGCUGCUUGAAUGGUAUACAUACUUUAUGGUACCUUUUACCAGCACUAUUUGUUCAGGCUGCAAACUGUAUUUUUCUGCUUUAAUUGUCAGGUAUGAAACCUGUUUGUCAUUUGUUCGAACCCACUAAGUUGGUUCCCAGUCUGCGUGUAUUUAGUUCAGUUGUGUACAUCCUGAUUGUCAUGUGUACCUGUUUGAACAGGGUAGUAGAACCUCAUCGAUACACCUCUAAAUCACGAUCGUAUUUCACAGUUCGUGCAGUGGUCGCGAAGUGCGUUGUGUUCAGAUUAUGAUAAAACAUGCGUUUUGUCUCAUUGUUUUUUUUUCUGAAGGCACAUCACAAGGGCCCUAGAAUGUAUUGAAAAUUUGAAUGUAUGCCAAGGGAAAGCUCCUAUAUUUAAUAUUUUCCUUCCCUAAUUAUUUGGACGGAAACCAAGGAUGAAAAGUGUGUAAAGUGUAAAAGUUCUGGAAUAAAAAAGGAUUGUGAAA